AUGACCAGAAAACCUGGAAUCCCAGGCCCCAAACCUGGUGCGAAUCCAGGCAAAAAGCGAAAGCAGGACAAAGACCUGUCUAAGAAUCCCCACACUAUGCGAGGCCGUGAACUACUGGCAAGCAAGAGUGACAGUGAAAAGGCUGUGAUACGUCGGAAGAAUAAUGAUAGGGCAGCCUUUGUCAGUGCCCGUCUGAAACUCCGGGCGAGUACUAGCUGGCAGGAAGCAACUAUGGAAGAACAGGAAAUAUUAGAAAAUUCACUGAAAGAUCAAGUGAUGAGGGAACGAUAUGAAAAGGGCCAGUCAGCCCAAUUUUUCUUGGAUCAGCUGGAAGGAGAGAGCAUUGACAGUAGUGUCUGGGAGACUGUGGAUUUUGAAAAUGAUACAGAAUUGUGUUAUCAUGCACAGCUGGAUGAUAUUGCUUCUCAUGAGACCAUUCCGACCACUGAGACUGCCAAGGAAGCUGAAGCGGCACAAUCAUCAGCUACAGGACAGCUGAUAAAAAUCUGCAUACCAUCACUUGGGGUCACUUUCGACUCUCCCUUCUACGCAGUCUGGCCAGUCUUGACAUGA